AUGAUAGCCGCGGAGGAAAACAAGUUCUCCUGCUUCCUCGAUAAGGCGCUGGUGAACGUGGGGAGGGAGCUGAGCCUGGAGGUGUCCGGGCGUGUGUCCACCGAGGUGGAUCCUAGGCUGGCGCACAACACGGCCGCCAUGGUUGACAGGGUGCGCAACCUGGCAGACCUGUACAAGGAGGUGGACGUGGGUGUGAACCGAGUGCUGUUCAAGCUGCCCGCCACGUGGGAGGGGAUUGAGGCGGCGAGGCAUCUGGAAGCAGAGGGCAUCAAGACGCACGUCACUGGCGUCGCCAGCUUCGCCCAGGUGUCAGCAUGUGCGCAGGCCAACGUGGCAGUCAUUCAAAUCCCCGUCGGCCGUAUCAAGGACUGGGCACGCACGCAUUCAGGCGACAAGGAAGUGGAAGCUGCAGCAGCCAAGGGCGAGGACCCUGGUGUCAGCCUGGUGCGCCGAGCGUGUGCGUUUAUUGCCCGCAACAACUUCCCCACCAAGGUCAUGGCAUCCAACAUCCGCAGCAAGGAGGACGCACUCAGCCUCCAUGGCACUGACUACCUGGUGGUGCCACUCAAGGUGAUGGAGGCUCUGAAAGACACUCCCGCCUCCCCUGACCUCAAACCUGCAGCACUCAGUUCAGCAGCUGACAAGGUCAAGCCUUGGGAUAUGGCGAGGUUCAUGGCCAAUAUCGGGCCCUGUGCCAGGCAGUUGCUGCAGGCUGAGAUUGAUUCUGCUGUGUCUCAGGCGGAGAAGGUUGACAAGCACUUCAAGAAGAUCUGGCCGCCCCCGAACGUGUGA